AGAUGGUCGAGAGCAUGCAAGGAAUGAGAGACCACGCACGGACGCACGCAGCUUUGAUUUCUAUAUGGACCGGCGGCCCCCACGCAGCACAGAAUAAAGUGGACCGUCACAAAGGGCUUGACGACACCCAAAGACUUGGAUAGGCUUUGUGACGUCACGGCCCGCACGGUGGACUCGGACGAGAGGACGUAUACAUGGCAUGCAGCCAUGCAGCAAGCCAAAGACCCACUUUAAAUUAAAAAAAAAGCCUAAUCGGUCUCUGGUUUGGGCCAACAAAAAUGAGCAUAAAACUUCGAACAGCUGCUGCUACUAUGCUGUGUGUGUACGUGUGGGAAGAACCAGUUUCCAUGUUUUUUUGCUCUUUGCUCAGUGCUGCCUGCAUGGCCAGUGGCGGUACUACACUCAAGGUGCGCAAUCCUACAUUUGGACUUGACGCCCACCUAUGCACUUGGGGAGGGGCCUCGUCGUGAAUGCGUGCUCAAACAAUAAUCGGGAAUCUGAAUGGCAGCACAGCGGGGACGCACGAAUAAGAAUGAAAGAAUUUGAAUGGAAGCAGUAAUGACUGGACAUGAAGUUAUUUGCGCACGCGCGCGUCUUUCCUGUCAGAUUUGAUCUGUUGGGCUGAAGCCGGUUUUCCCCGCCCACUCCUCAUUUCAGCUUCAAAGCAAUUGGGAACGAGAAUCUUCUCGUCUCCCCUCCCUUCUCUCAUUUCUUUUUUUACUUUGCUCAUUUUUUUCCAUGCCACUUUUCCCCAGCUCUCCGCCAAGUGUCCUUGCACCUCCAAGUGCACGCGUCUUUCCCCUCCUUGAAUCCUCUCCCUCGCAAGUGUCUUUUUGUCGUCCCGUCCCCCCCUUCCAGCCUCCCCCCUCCAUUGCUCCAGCUCACUUGGACUUGAACUCUUGCAGCAAGCGUGCGACACAAGGAGCCACUUUGGGCCGUUUGACUUGUGUUCGGCGGCGGUUUCUGCGGCUGGCCAAGAGCCCGAAGAGUGCGCUUGGCUUAGCCGCCGUGUGGGCGGGAUCAUCGCGGGCCGGGCCCCCAGAUGUUGUUGGCCCAACUGGGACGCCCUGGGCCAGGCAAGCCUUCGUGCGGCGGAGAUACCGCAAUGAAAUGUGAGCCUGCUCCGUAAUUUUGGGGAUGUUUUACUCGGAGCAGGCAGGACAAAAGACACGUUAGCAGGCCACAGCCCAGCCGGAGCAGAUGUUGGAGCUCCGGGAAGAGCAGGCAGGCAAGCCGCAUCGAGGACGCCGACUAAAGGACGCCGCUGCAGGACGAUAUGGGCCAAGAUGUCGGUGGAUUCUGAGAGUCCCCGCCCGCUGUCGUCCUCGCGAGACUCCCGCAUCUCCUGCGUCUUCCGAGCGGCCGACGACAAAGAUGACGACGACGUCCAGGCGACGGGAGAGGAGAGCGUUCUGGAGAUGCUGAGUUGCUCCAAGCUGUCGGACCUGGAGACGUGGCUGUGCAUGCCCUCCUCGCUGCUGCUGCCCAGACUCUUGGACUCCGCCCGGGCCCCUUCGCCCUCGUCGGCUAACAGCAGGACGGCUGAGAGGGCCGCCGCCACGGGCCAAGAGACGCCCUACCCGAUGUCGCCGCCCGUCCUCUCAUCCACGCCCGCCGCCGGCGUCAGCAUCGGGAAGCGCCGCCGUCUGGCCGCCGGUCCCGGAGGUCUUCGCUGGAAGUCCGCAGGUUCCCUGCUGUCAUCCGAGCCUGAUGAAGAGGAGGAGGACGGCCCGGCCCAAGCGGCGAGGGGCCGGCGCCCGGCCCGGGGGGGCGGGGCUGCCGAGCGGGCAGCCGUCAGGAAAACGCUGUCGGCGGACGAGCGACUGCUGCGGCCGGCCGGCGCCGAGCGACGACACCUCAAGCUGCUGCGCAACAUCCACAGUCUGGGAACGCCGAGUAGAUUCGACUCCAGAAAAAAGUCGGACGGCAAGCUCUCGCGACUGGCUCAGAGGUGGAACCGGCGCGCGGCGGCAGGAGAUGUUCUGAUCCAGGACCUGGAGUUUUACACGGGAAUCCCCCACACCUCGCUCAGCCUGGACAGACGCCUGCCGGCCGCGAUGACCCAGCAGAUGCAGAACUUGCAGCUGUCCCAAGGCAAGAAGGUCCCGGGCGGGCCGGCCUCCCCCAACGCUGCCAAGCGCCUCUACCGCAACCUGUCGGAGAAGCUGCGAGGAAGCACGUCGUCCUUCGAAGACUCCGCCUUCUCGGGCAAGACGGAUCGCCUUCGCAAGGCCUCGGCCAUGCAGGGCGGCAGCGAGUGCCUCUUUGAGGCGGUGGAGCAGCAGGACCCGGACACGGUCCGCCUUCUCUUGUGCCGCCUGACGGUCGAGGAGCUGGAGCUCAACGCGCCCGACGCCCGGGGCCUGACGCCGCUCGACGUGGCCGUCAUGAGCGACAACGCGCACGUGGCAAAGUUGCUGCUCAAGGCCGGCGCCAGGGAGGGGCCGCACGCCGUGAGCGCCGAGAAGCGCCAGGUCCACCUGGUGGCUCUGGAGGCCGAGGCGGAGCGCCGCGUCGCCGAAGCGCCGGAUGACAAGCAGCUGAGGGCCUGGGAGCGGAGGCGCCAGCUCUACCAGCGCAUGAGCGGCGCGUUGCGGCACGCACGCCCCCCCGAGGCGCCCACCUUGGUCCGUCUGAGCGUCAGCAGCAGCUCCACGCUGACCGUCACCUUCCGGGAACCGCAGCAGCUCCGACCCACUGUCAUCACCAAGUACAAAGUGGAGUGGAGCUGCUUGAAGGAUUUCUCCCUGCUGGCCGGAGAGAUGCUGCUGGAGAACCUGCAGAGCUUGAAAUGCACCAUCAGCGGCCUCACCACGGGUCGCCUGUACUUUGUGCGAGUGUCGGCCUGCAACAUGAAGGGCUGGGGGCCGCCCGCCUGCUCCUUGCCGCCGUCUGCCGCUCCUUCCAACUGGCGAGAGAGCAACGGGCAGGAGCCCGGGCGGCGCGGUCACACGGAAGCCAUGGAGCGCCUCCUGCAGCAAGUCCGAGCCACGCACGCGCACGACUGCUGCGGAGAUGCUUCCAAGCUGCAGAACUCCAGCAGGAAGCAGUCGGUGUCCAGAAGCCUCAAACAUCUUUUCAACUCCUCCAACAAGUUUGUGAAGACACUGAAAAGGGGCAUCUACUUGGCGGCCAUCUUCUACCACAAAGACAAACUGCUAGUGACGGCCGAGGAGCAGAUCCCCAUUGUGGAGGUGGACGACUCGUACGGCAGCUCCCUUAUGCAGGACUUCCUGUGGUUCACCAAGCUGUCGUGCAUGUGGGAGGACGUGCGCUGGCUCCGUCAGAGCGCGCCGGCGGCGUCGGCCUCGUCCACGCUGCAGGCGCGCCACAAGAUGCUGAGCGCCGCCGGGCAGCUGCAGAACCUGCUGGGCACGCACGACCUGGGCCGCGUCCACUAUGAGCCCAUCAAGGAUCGCCACGGCAACGUGCUGCUGGUGACGGCGCGCGACGCCGACGGCCAGCACUCGCUCCUCAGCGGCAAGUGGGUGCAGGUGGCCAAAGUGCAGAGUCAGCGCAAGUCCCUGUCCACGCCCGAGGAACCUUACGCCCUCGACAUCCUCGUCAUCACGCUGCAGGACAUCGUGGCGUACCAGCGCCGCUGCAGCCAGCGCCUGGCGCCGGGCCUCUACCUGGGCUACCUGAAGCUCAGCAGCUCGGUGGAUCAGAUCCGGGUCCUGGUCUCCCAGCGGAACCCCAAUGUGCUGUGUCACGUCCGCGUGCGGGAAAACGCCAACGUGUCCAGGGAGGAGUGGGAUUGGAUCCGCACGCUCUCGGCCACCGACGGCGAUGACUGCGGCGAGGAGGCCGGGCCCGAAAGCCACGCGCCGCUCCUCUACUACGAGCUCCAGACAGCCAUCAAGUCACUGCUCAAGAACCUCAACCUCAGCGUGCAGCAGGCCCGCCACUUCCGCCUAUACAGCCAAGAAGUGGUGGAGGCGGGCCACGGCGUCUGCUUCCUGCUGCUGCUGCCGCCCGCCGAUGACGUCUGCUCGGCCCCCGGCCAGCCCAACCCCUACACGCCGCUGGCUGGAUUCCUGCACCUGCCGCUGCAGAUGUUUGAGCUGGCGCACUUCUGCAGCUACAAGGAGAAGUUGAUCAGCUUGUACUGCCGCCUGUCUACCGUGCUGGACCUGGACGCCCUCAUCGCCCAGCAGGCGCUGCGGGAGGCCAUCACGGAUGACGAGGUGGCCGCCGCCAAGCGCCGCCAUGGGCUCAUUCUCGACUACAUCCAGCAGCUGGACGAGAGCCGGCGGGACCUGCGCUGGCUGACAGAGGCGCUGCAGUCCGCCCGCUACAAGCAGCCCUGUGGCGGCGUGCCUGUCACCUGCCUGGUGGACGCCGCCCCCGCCACGGACAGCCACGCCAGCGGCCAGCGCAAGACCGACUCCACCUCCUCCGCCAUGGACUACCUGCCGUCGCCCGAGCCGUGCAGGAGCGACUCGCCGCCGGGCUGGGACGAAGACGCUUCGUCCGAGGUCUUCCUGCCCACCGACAGCGACUACGACUCCAGCGACGCCCUGAGCCCCCGGGAGGCGGAGCCGCUUUCCUCGCAAGCCCUGCGCUCGCUGGGGGGGAGCGCCCCUGACGUGCUGCACAUCCUGGAGCUCAGGUGCAGCGCCUUGGCUGUGAACGAGCUACCCCCGUCGCUAGGCCCAGACGAGUCCAAAGAUGUGGCGGCCUUCCUCCCACGCUCGCCCUCGCAGUGCAAAGACUUGGCCGCUUUUGGCCGGGCUUCGCCCCACUCCCCGCCCCUCGCCCGGCUCCCCCGCACGUCGCCGUCCCCCCCGCUGUCCAGGAGCCAGCGGGAGGGCAGCAUCCCCAACCCCCCCUCCAAGCGCAAGCUGCUCUCCAGGAGCAACCGGGGCCAGUAUUUCAGCGGGCCCCAGCGCUGGCUGAGGGGACACAGCCAGGAAACGGGCUCGUUAUCUGAGGGCGUCUACACCAAGCAGCACGAGCCGGACCUCCCGCCGUCGCAGGGCGCCACCCACGUGAGCCGCAUGGACUGUGACCUGGCGAGCCGCAAGGGGCGCCCUCGAGAGCAGAGACCCCACGUGCGCAGGAUCUUCACGGAUGAGGGCGUGGGAAGGUCGGAAGGGGCGGCCGGACAAGACGCCGAUUCGGACGACCAGACCAACACCCAAGUGUCGGAAAUUCUCAGCAGCACGCUCUAGCCCCCCCAAAGCGCCGCUCCAAAAGGUACGUUACGUUUGGAAUCAUUCCGCAACGAGCGUCGUGAGUGAGCCACUCCCGCGUUCUCCCAAAGCCAUAAGCUCACUCGGCUGCCUCGGUGGGGGGUGGGGGCUUGUCCGUCCGUCUGUCGUAGGAAACCAAAGUUGACUUGGCCAAGCCUCCUGGCGUCGACUGUUAAACCAUCAUCAAUGCAAGCGGGGAAUUGCAAUUUAAGAUGCUUCAAAUGGGAAAGUUUACAUGGGAACCAACUGGGGAAGAAAUUUGAAGGAAGCCUUUCACAUUUAAGCCCAUAUGCACAUUUUUUCCAAGGCACAUCUUUCAGCCCUGCCCUGCUCUGCUCUCGACCGCCCGCGUGCAUGCACGGCGCCACUAAAAAUCUUUCUUGGUACCUUUAAAUGUGUGCUGCUCGUCUCAGGCUGGCGCCGUUUGUGUCUGUUGUGCCCGGGACCUGUUUGUGCUGUCGGUCAGCGCUUCUUUUGGCUGUGUGAUUUGUGGAGCACCGCUUGUUCACCUGGCGUACGCUCACGUUGUCCUCAUCUUUUUUCCACGUGUGCAUAUUCUAGAAUAAAAACUGAAGAAACAAAUGUGCGAA